UUCCCCCGAGCAACACACACCCCGCAGUGCCUUUGACAUUGUCUUGUCUCGUGACAAAUUCGAGUGAAUGUGGGUACGCGCCACCAGUGUUUGCAAUUGAUAAAGAAGCAGCAGGAUCAACCAUCCAUCCAUCCAACAUGCCGCAGAGCCCCACAACGAAUUGGUCGUUCCAGCCGCUCCACCGCCAGCGCAGUGGCAGCGGGUAUCACCAGCAUGUCCUGAACACUGUGCCGGAGACGGCUCUGCUGACGACGCCCCCGCCAAUCCGCAAGCCGCUCACAAUACAAAUUGCUGGCGUUGCUGAGAACAAACGAAGAUACAUCCCAGCGCGGAAAAAGCCGAAGAGCGCAAUGAAAAUGCUCGUGGACACGGAGCGGGAGGAGGCCCUGAAUCUGCAAAUUGAAUUCGAAUGGGUGCUGCGGCAAGAAGUACACGCGAUAUUGAAACAACUGCGAGCCAUUCUGGUGGAGUGUGCGCAUCGAUUUCCAGUGCCGCUCUACGAAAACGAGGGAAAGAAGACUGAAAAGUUCAUACUCACCGUGUCGCCCGAUCAGCUGAAGGCGGUCCUAACCCUAACGGGCGAUGCCAUAACACAGGCGGAUAUUAGCUUUAAGCUGUGCAAAGCUCCAAGCCAAACGCAACGUACCUCAAUCACACAAGACUCGCCGUGGAAGCUGCAGCAGGUUCAGGAUGCCGCUAAUCAUCUACAGACAGCAAUCAAUCACAUUGACGACGUUGAUGAUUCUUAUCACUUCAAAACCUCCGACGAAGUGCUGCAUGUGAUAGGCAACAUUCUCGAUGCGCUGCAGCGGGGCCGCACCAGCCUGCUGGUGCCCAAGAAGAAGCCCAUCGACGAGCUUAUCAAGGGGCGUAACAUGAAGUCGCUGGUGCCCAACCUGCCCGAGGAUCUGGCCGUCAGCUUUUAUCUGCAAAGCCACAAGCUCAUUAUUGCCGUCUAUCAGCUGCUGAACAACCAGGGCACGAUGCGGUUCGAUUCCCGGCAGGCGGAAGCCUCUGUCCAGUGGCUCAACGAUGUGCUGCUGCUGCUGAUGAAUGGCCAGAAACUGUGCCAGCAAUUAAAAGACAAGAUUUCUGUGUUUUCGGUGUAUAAAGAUUUCACAGUCGGCUCCCGCUCGCCCUCGGCAUUGUCGUACUGAAUUGCAGCCUGGCAAACUGGCAGAAAGGAUAGCAGACAGGAUAGGAUGGAUACCCUGGAUACCCUAUCCGAUAACUGUGGUGGAAUCGUCGGCGACAAAAAACAAUAACAACAAUAAUAGCUAAUAAAGAAUCGUACGUGUAAUAGCAAAGUAAAUAAUGUUAGUUGAAAAGUUGCUACUGGAAAAGGCACACCCAUACCCAUAAUGCCCAUGCGUACUAAAUACCACAUAUGUACUUCUAUAUACACGACAACGUUAUACACAUAUUAUACAGCUAGUUUAAUAUAUACACAAUCAGCAUUCAUGUUAUAAUACCAUUACUAUUACCCUAUACCAUAUAUAGCUAUAUAGAACUUGAGUUGAGUUCCAAAUUCAUCGCUUCACGUCACUCCAAUUAUGCAUCAAAAUGCAUCUAAAUAGCAUUAGAAUGAUACAUGAAAAACUGAGAUGUGUUUUUUUGUAUGUGUAACUAUUGAAAUUGAUAGAUAAUUAUAGUUUAUUCGUAUGUGUAAUCUGUAAUCUGUAAUCUGUAAUCAGUGUAAUCUAAUGUUAAUGUACUACCCCACUAUUUAUGUUUGUCCGUGCAAUGUAAUCAAUGUCAGCAGCAGUCAAUCCAUACAGUCAGACCUACAGUACUUAAAAGUUGUGCAGUACUUAAGGGGAAGUUACUUAUCUACAAUUAAAUACAUACAAACAUACAUAUAUUGCAUAUAUGAACUUACAUUUACAUUGGCAUUUACAUGAUAUUGUUGUAAUAAACCAAAUCGAAAUGUGAACAGAAUUUUUAAUUGUACUAAACACCGUUUUGUAUUCGUAUUUGUAAUCGUAAACGUAAAUGUGAACGUAACCGUAUUCCGUAUACCUGUUGUAUAUCUGUUCGUUAAUGGUUAAGUGCACCUAAUCCUAAAACAAAACCUAAAAAACUCUAUUCCUAAAUCGUAAUUCAAAGUCAUUUGUAUCGACGGCCUUUUACUUCUCGUUAACCCUAACGUUUGUAAACCUCAAAAGUUUGUUAAUAGAGAAACGCAACGAAAACAA